GAAAGUUUCACAUGCCCACAUUCGACAUGUCCUUACCAAGAAUGAAGUCAAAAGAUGGUGACAUUAAAUUAGAGGGUCCAGAAGUGAAAGGCAGUAAAAUACAUAUGCCUAAUAUUGACAUUUCUCUUCCAAAGGUGAAGACAGAAAGUGAUAUUGAGGUUGAGGGGCAUGGUGGCAAAGGGGGGAAGUUUCACAUGCCCUCAAUUGACAUUUCCCUUCCAAAAAUGAAGUUGCCUGAAGGUGAAGUCAAAGUAGAAGGUCCAAAAGCCAAAGGGGGAAAGAUUGAAAUGCCAAAGAUUGAUAUUUCACUUCCAAAAGGAAAAACAGAGGGAGAAACUGACAUAGAAGGACAUUCUGGCAAAGGAGGAAAGUUUCAAAUGCCCAAGUUUGAUGUGUCACUACCAAAGAUGAAGCACCCAGAGGGUGAUGUCAAAGAAGGCCUUGAAGUCAAAGGUGGGAAGUUUGAAAUGCCCAAAAUUGAAGCAGAGGGUAGGAGUGGAGUCAAGUUACCAACUGUUAAACUGCCAACGGUAGACAUAUCUGCACCGAAGGUUGACUUAGACUUUGGGCUGUCAAAAGCUAAAGGAGAUGAUAGGGAAGAGAUGGAGCUACUAAAAGCAGAGGGUGGUAGGCCAUCCUCUGGGUCAAGUUUUGACAUGCCAGAUGUCUCUCUCAAAAUGCCAAGAUUUUCUCUCCCUAAAUUUGGUAGAAAGUCUAGUGGAAAUGUAAACCUAGAAGGAUAUGGCACAGAGGACGAUAUUGAUAUUAGCCCCCCACGAGUGGAUGGUGAGGGCAGACCAGCAUCAGUGGAAAUAGGCGGAGAUGGAAAAAUAAAAGGUAAACUAAGGAAGCCCAAAAUGAAAAUGCCAACUUUUGGAAUAUCUAAGAAAGAUGUAUCAAUACCCAGCCCUGAUAUGGAAAUCAAGACAGAAAAGGGGAAAGUUGACAUUCCAACGCCAGGGAUCAGUGUAGAAAAUCCAGCAGACAAAACAAAUAGAAAAUAUAGACUAAAAUUCCCAAAGUUUAAGAAGUCAUCUCCUAAAGGUAAACUACCAGAGGGAGAGAUAGAUGCCUCAUUGGAUAGUGGAAUGGAAGGGAAAGCUGGCUUUCAUGCACCUGAUGUUACAAUCAAAAUGCCCAAGUUCUCCAUGCCAGGGUUUGGCUCAAAGGAGACAGACUUUGACAGGAGUGGGCCCAGUGCUGAACUAGAAGCUAAAGGAAAGGUCAAAAUGCCAUCAGUGGAGAUAUCCUUGCCAGCUGCCAAGACAUCUGAGCAAGAAAUGUUAAUCCCAGAUGUAUCUGAGGCUGACAUCAGUGGUUAUGAAGGAAACCUGAAAAUCCCUAAAAAGCCAACUAUUGAUGUAUCAGCCCCCCAUAUUGAUCUAGAUGUAACUCUGCCUAAAGUCAAGCAUGAAACAAACAUUGACGGGGAGGGAGGCAAAUUUAAAAUGGCAAACAUCAAAAUGCCUGAUAUAGAUGUAUCACGUCCUAUAGGAAAAACUGGUGACAUUGAUGCAUCCAAAGUGAAACUUGAGGGAGGGGGUGGAAAAUUCAAGAUGCCUGGCAUUAAAAUGCCAAAGGUAGACAUAUCACUUCCAAAAGUAAAACAUGGAGAAAUUGAUGUAUCCACGGUGGAAAUUGAAGGAGAAUGUGGAAAAUUCAAGAAGCCACAUAUGGAAAUGCCAAAUUUUGAUAUAUCACUUCCCAAAGGAAAAAGUGGAGGGAUUGAAGGGCCAAAGAUGGAAAUUGAAGGAGGGGGCGGAAAUGUCAAAAUGCCACAUAUGAAAAUGCCAAAGAUAGACUUCUCACUUCCGAAGGGAAACCAUAGAGACAUCAGUGCACCAGAAAUGGAAGGAGAAGGUGGAAAAUUCAAGAUGCCAUAUAUGAAAAUGCCAAAUAUUGAUAUAUCACUUCCGAAAGGAAAAAUUGGAGACAUUGAAGGACCACAAAUGAAAAUUGAAGGAGGGGAUGGGAAAUGUAAGAUACCACAUAUGAAAAUGCCAAAUGUAGACAUAUCACUUCCAAAAGGAAAAAGUGGACAUGUUAAUGCACCUGUAUUGGACAUUGAAGGAGAAGGUGGAAAAUUCAAGAUGCCACAUAUGAAAAUGCCAAAUGUUGAUAUAUCACUUCCCAAAGGAAAAACUGGUGAUGUUAAUGAACCUAAUUUGGAAAUUGAGGGAGAAGGAAGAAAAUUCAAGAUGCCACAUAUGAAAAUGCCAAAUAUUGAUAUAUCACUUCCAAAAGGAAAAACUGGAGACAUUGAAGGACCAGAAAUGGAAAUGGAAGGAAGAAAAUUCAAGAUGCCACAUAUGAAAAUGCCAAAUGUUGAUAUAUCACUUCCAAAAGGAAAAAGUGUAGAAAUUGAAGGACCAGGGAUGGAAAUUGGAGGAGGAGGUGGAAAAUUCAAGAUGCCACAUAUGAAAAUGCCAAAUGUUGAUAUAUCACUUCCAAAAGGAAAAACUGGUGAUGUUAAUGAACCUAAUUUGGAAAUUGAGGGAGAAGGAAGAAAAUUCAAGAUGCCACAUAUGAAAAUGCCAAAUAUUGAUAUAUCACUUCCAAAAGGAAAAACUGGAGACAUUGAAGGACCAGAAAUGGAAAUUCAUGGAGAGGGAAGAAAAUUCAAGAUGCCACAAAUUCAAAUGCCAAAGGUAGACUUAUCACUUCUGAAGGGAAAGUCUGGAGACAUCAGUGCACCAGAAAUGGAAAUGGAAGGACGAAAAUUCAAGAUGCCACAUAUAAAAAUGCCAAAUGUUGAUAUAUCACUUCCCAGAGGAAAAAGUGUAGAAAUUGAAGGACCAGAGAUGGACAUUGAAGGAGAGGGUGGGAAAUUCAAGAUGCCACAUAUGACAACACCAAAUAUUGGUAUAUCACUUCCAAAAGGAAAAACUGGAGACAUUGAAGGAUCAGACAUGGAAAUUCAUGGAGAGGGAGGAAAAUUCACGAUGCCACAUAUUCAAAUGCCAAAUAUUGGUAUAUCACUUCCAAAAGGAAAAACUGGUGUUGUUCAUGAACCUAAUUUGGAAAUUGAGGGAAAUGGAGGAAAAUUCAAGAUGCCACAUAUGAAAAUGCCAAAGGUAGACUUAUCACUUACGAAGGGAAAGUCUGGAGAAAUCAGUGCACCAGAAAUGGAAAUGGAAGGAGGUGGAAAAUUUAAGAUGUCACAUAUGAAAAUGCCAAAUGUUGAUAUAUCACUUCCAAAAGUAAAAAGUGUAGAAAUUGAAGGACCAGGGAUGGAAAUUGAAGGAGGGGGUGGAAGAUUUAAGAUGCCACAUAUGAAAAUGCCAAAUGUUGAUAUAUCACUUCCAAAAGGAAAAAGUGUAGAAAUUGAAGGACCAGGGAUGGAAAUUGAAGGAGGGAGUGGAAGAUUUAAGAUGCCACAUAUGAAAAUGCCAAAUGUUGAUAUAUCACUUCCAAAAGGAAAAUCUGGGGAAAUUAGUGCACCAGAAAUAGAAAUGGAAGGAGGAGGAAAAUUCAAGAUACCAUAUAUGAAAAUGCCAAUCAUUGAUAUAUCACUUCCCAAAGGAAAAGGUGGAGAAAUUGAAGGACCAGAAAUGGAAAUUCGUGGAGAGGGAGGAAAAUUCAAGAUGCCACAAAUUCAAAUGCCAAAGGUAGACUUAUCACUUCUGAAGGGAAAGUCUGGAGACAUCAGUGCACCAGAAAUGGAAAUGGAAGGACGAAAAUUCAAGAUGCCACAUAUGAAAAUGCCAAAUGUUGAUAUAUCACUUCCAAAAGGAAAAACUGGUGAUGUUAAUGAACCUAAUUUGGAAAUUGAGGGAGAUGGAGGAAAAUUCAAGAUGCCACAUAUGAAAAUGCCAAAUAUUGGUAUAUCACUUCCUAAAGGACAAGGUAGAGAAAUUGAAGGACCAGAGAUGGACAUUGAAGGAGAGGGUGGGAAAUUCAAGAUGCCACAUAUGACAACACCAAAUAUUGGUAUAUCACUUCCAAAAGGAAAAACUGGAGACAUUGAAGGAUCAGACAUGGAAAUUCAUGGAGAGGGAGGAAAAUUCACGAUGCCACAUAUUAAAAUGCCAAAUAUUGGUAUAUCACUUCCAAAAGGAAAAACUGGUGUUGUUCAUGAACCUAAUUUGGAAAUUGAGGGAAAUGGAGGAAAAUUCAAGAUGCCACAUAUGAAAAUGCCAAAGGUAGACUUAUCACUUACGAAGGGAAAGUCUGGAGAAAUCAGUGCACCAGAAAUGGAAAUGGAAGGAGGUGGAAAAUUCAAGAUACCAUAUAUGAAAAUGCCAAACAUUGAUAUAUCACUUCCCAAAGGAAAAACUGGAGAGAUUAAAGCACCAGAGAUGGAAAUUCAGGCAGAGGGAGGAAAAUUCAAAAUGCCAAAGGUAGAUAUAUCCCUUCCGAAAGGAACGUUUGGAGAAAUUAGAGCACCAGAAAUAGAAGUCGAAGGAGGAAAAUUUGAGAUGCCACAUGUGAAAAUGCCAAAGGUAGACAUAUCACGUCCAAAAGGAAAACGUGUAGAUGUUAAUGCACCUGAAUUGGAAAUUGAAGGUGAGGGUGGAAGAUAUAAGAUGCCAGAAAUCAAACUGCCAAAUAUAGAUAUUACAUUGCCAAAGGGAAAAUCUGCUGACAUUGAUGCUGAAAUCAAAAAGCCCAACGCUGAGGCAGCAGCAAAGAUUCAAAUGCCUUCGAUUGGCUUACCAAAGUUUACAACUCCCGACCUUGAUUUGGACAUGAAUGUUGGAAAACCCAGCCAUGGAGCUGAGGUUCAUGAGAAUAGUUCAGACAAAACUGGUUCCCAUUCAAAGGGAGACCAUAAGAUGAAAAUCAAAAUGCCAACAAUAGACAUAGAGUGCCCAAAAGGAGAUCUGGAGCUGGAUAUAGGCUUCCACAAAGUUGAGGGAGAGAAAGACAGAAAAAUAAUAGAGUUGCCUGACUUAGACCUUAAAACUUCUGGUACCAAAUUUAAGGGGCCAAAAGUCAAAGGCACCAAAUUCAAAAUUGGAAUGCCAAAAAUGAAGAACACUGGAGAUCAAGCAUUAGAUGCAGCCACAAAGAAGACUGAGAUAGAGAAUGAUGGGGUCAGUGGUAGAUUUAUGAUUAAGAGGACAAAGCUUGGCAAAGGUGCAGAUGUGGAGGCAGAUGUGGAGGCAGAUGCGGAGGCAGGUUGUUCUGUGUUGCCAAACAUCUUCCUCCCAGAUGUGGGCUUCUCAGUAUCCAAAGGAGCCAGCCAAGAGGGUGAACCUCAUGGUCCAGAGAUUAGUGCCAAAUUUCCAAAAUUCAAACUCCCUAAUGUGGAGAUCUUAGGUCCUUCAGUAGCAGGCCAAGGAGGAGCACAGAUCAACAGCGGACAACAAGAAGACAAAGGUGGUAUCAAGUUUCAAAUGCCUGUGGGGCUGAAGAGUAAACAAGGCCCUGCCGAGUCCACUGGCACAGAUGCCAGCACCGAGAAUGGAUUCACAUUACCUAAUCUUGGAAUCAAAUCCCCCAAAAUACCAGAUACAGACUUUGAUAUUGGAGCAUCUCAAACUGGGGACCAUGGGGCAGAUACAAGUACGAGACAAAAAAUGAAAAUACCCAAGUUCGGGGUGGCUUUACCUGCUAUUUCUUCACCUGGAGCCAGAGUACAUUUGAAGGACCCAGAUGUUGAGUAUGAAGGCCCUAAAAUGCCCAAAGUUAAAAAAGCUGUAUUUGUUUUGGUGAAUCCCCAAACAGACCACUCCACUAUGUCCACCAGUGUAGAGUCUGGAGAGGCAAAAAUCAAAAUGCCAAAGAUCAAAAUGAAGCCAUCGUUUGGAAAGUCAGGAUCCAAGGAAAACAGUGCUGCUUUGAGCAUUGAAGGAGAUGUGGAUGGAGAUGACAAGUCAAAGGGAGCAAAGCUAAAAAUGCCCAAAGUCACCUUCUCUCCGGGCAAAACAGGUUCAUUUGAUGUAACCCUAAAAAGUGAGGGAUCUAGUUCCAGCCUCAAUGGUGAGAAAGAUCCAACAUUCCAGAAUGAAUCCAAGGAGGAUAAAGUUAAGUUAGGGAAGCUCAAGCCGGGAUUUAAGAAGAAGACAGCAAAAGGAGAGGAGGAAACUCAAGACAAUGUGGUGUCCUCAUCGGCCAGGACAGAAAUGCUAGAUCGGGAUAGUUCAGAAUCCCAAACGCCCAUGGUCUCCAUUGGUUUUGUACCAGGGAAGUCUAGGGGGCAGGCAGUGGCUGAGAGCAGCAAAACGGAGAUGGAGGAAGGAGAGCAGUCAACCUGGUUCAAGGCCCCCAAAUUCAACCUGAAACCCCACUCAACAGGAAUCCUCCACAUUACACCAGAAGGUUCUCCCCAGGGUAGCAGAUCCUCGCUCCAGUGCCAGGGUUUAGAUGAAACUGCUGGUACCUUCCGGCUCCAGAUGCCAAGCAUGCGGUUCUCCACCCACGAGGUGUCUGAGGAGAAUGUUACUACAACAAAGAAGGGAACAGUAACCGUGGUGACAAAGACAACAAAACAUACGGUAACAGAGUCCAGAACUGGUCAAACCCACACAUCGCUAUCCCAUUGUAAUGACUAAAGUCCGAAGAGAUGUGAGAGUAAUAUAUUUUUCCUCUGCCCUGUUGUGACGACUGUUUUUGUGAUUGUUCCGCCACGUUUUUCUCCCUUCUAUUUUAGUCUUUAUCAUAUUUGAUGGUUUUACUGGUUUAAAUCUGAAUAUCAAUUAAUUAUGUAUUGUUGUUCAUAUAUUUUUGGGGGGCAAAAAUACCACACAUUUUAAUUUCCAAAAGGAAAUGUCUUUUUUUCAAUGCCUUCCCAUUUGAUUUACCGACAUUUACCUGGGCAUGAUUGUAGAAUUAGACUGACAAAGAACACAAACCAAUUUAUCAAAAGCAAUUUGUAUGUAAAUACAAAAACAUGUCAUUAUUUUCAUAUUACCGAUGAUAGGAAUAGUAACAAGGACAUUAAUGGUUUGUGUUAAUGUAUCUGAGGCUUGAGGAUGGUGUGAGAUUUGUGGUUUAAUUAUUUACUUUCUUAAGCUUGUUUUUUCUUUCUGAUAUAUUAAGAUUUUUGUAAUUAUACCAUACAUUGAAAUGUAAUAUUAAAGGCUUCUACAGUGCAAUACAUUUCAACACUCUCUAUGAGAAUCAAGAUAAAAUAAUAGGAAACUAUCAUCUGAUAUUAAGGUUAAUGGUUUAAAGAAACAGAACAUGUACUCUCUUUAAUUGAAAUAUUUCAAAAUGAAUGCAAAACCUCUCAGACAAAACAAUGUCUCAAUGUCUCCAUUGAGACAGUUUAUUGUUCCUUUUCUUUUUUGGUGAAUUAGAAAGUAGAAAUUUAAUGUGUGUGCUAAACUGCAUUGGACGAGUCUCAGCAAUCCUCUGUCAAACAAGUUUACAAGGUUUCAUUAACCAGAUUUAACAUCUGUUGGAGCAAAUAACCAUAUAGAAAUAACCAUAUAGAAUGGUACAUGACAAGGAGAGAACAUGACCAGAUAACACAGUAUUUAUAUGUAUAGAGACAUUUUUACAAAUACCUUUGUGAUUAGCAUGUUUUCAGUGCAUAUGGUUUCACAAUAUGCAGUUUUCAAAGCAAAGUGUUAUCAAGUGGCAUUAUAAAUAAUGUUGUUAAGAGAUCAUAUUAUUAAUAAACCUUAAUAUUCCUAAGAAAAAUUUU